AUGGAAAGAGCAUCACGGAAUGAUACGCUAGCGCUCACUGAUAUUGUGCGCGAUAUUGGCCGCCAGCAGGGGGAAAACGUAUAUUACCGGACCUGCUACCGUCUCCUCAAAUAUCUGCAAGACGCAGUGACUCGGGCUGUGGGGGACUUGGAGCACAUCACCGCCCCACCUCCCAACUGCCAUGUAGGCUUUGUUGGUGCCCAGGAGGUAGCCGAUAGCCUCCGAAAACUAGCACAAGGCCUCAUAUUGCAAGAGCAGGCAGCACUCUCAGCAUUGGCUGAUCUGUAUUCUACUCACGAGUCUCAUACAUGA